CGCGCGGUAUCGUGCGAAUAAUGAAGAAACAGUCCCUUCGGUAGCUCUCCUGGCCUUCAAGUAGAAUUUCCUACUACGGGGGAGUAGAAAUUUUUGAGAGAUGGGUUGCAAAAUAGUAUGUACAAGUACGUACGUACUCUUGUCGUGCGGUACGUAGAACAGUAUCUACUGUGUAUCUCUUUUGGUGUCACGUUUCACGCUGCUUCAUCGUUGCUGUUGGUUCGAUCAUCUUUCAAUCUUUCAAUAAGACAGGAAAUACCUUCUGUGAAGUACGUAUUUUGUUUAUCUCUUAGUAAUAUCAGAAAACCUGAGCGCUUGAAAAUGGUAACCUCAAAUACCAUUCUGCUGGUUUGUAGUUGUGCCGCGCUACAAUCCGACGCAUUUGUUCUGCCGAUCAGAAGAAGAGCCGUGAUCGGUGAUAAUAUUCUAUCAACUUCCGCUCCGAGGAAUGAAUUGACGACAAUCUACGACGGAAAAAGGAUCGCAGGCUCGGCAAGCAAAACUAAUCGCACAUACGACGCGUCGCCAGCAACAAGUCCAUUGCAGCGACAAGUAGAGAAUGCUCUUGCACCUACAGCUGAAUUCCUCGAUGAUAUCAGUGGUGGUUGGGCCCUCAGCUUUGCUGAUUUAACACCAGAUAGGUAUGUCAAGAUACGUUGCCCAUGAUUUCAUGUUCAAAAUACAACAAUAUUGUUUCUAACAAACAUUGAAAGUGAGAGAACCCCUGUCGGCCAAAUAUUCCUUGCCACAAACUUGGCAUACGCCAUCGUCGGUCUUGUUCUAAGCUUAAAGGGCGAAAUUCUAUUAGGAGUUCUGACAGAUUUAUGUUCUGUCGCGAGUUUUGUUUACCAUUAUACCCAACUACAGCAACCAUACGGCCGUAGUUUGGAAUCUACAGUGAAACUAGCAGUGAGUUAUCCUCAAAUUUCGAUUGUACGUCUUCUCUACCUCUCCGUUCUACCUAAUGCGUUGCUUUUGUAAUAUUGAUUAGCUUUUGGUCGACUACUUCUUUGCCGUAACUGCAAUCGUAGUCGGACUUAUUUAUUUAGCGAUUGAUCAAACGGCUCCACCAAUAGAGGGAAUUAUAGCCUCAGUCCUUGGUAUCUCAUGUCUACUUAGGUAAGUACAGUAUCCUUCUAUUUUCUGUACCGAACGAUUUACAUUGCUUGCCCGUCGUUGAAAAUACUCAUUCUUCGGCUAUGUGUUGCAAUGUUACAACUUGGUCUCUAUCUUCAGCUGUUGGAUUUACGAGUACGGAACUCCAUACAUUAUCCUCCAUGGAUUCUGGCAUCUUUUCUCUGCGGCGUCUGGAUAUUAUAUCGGCGUAAGUCAUAUAACG